GGGUGUCCCGGAUUAGGGCAGUGGGCGUGGAAAAAGGCAGGGGCGGGAGAGUGGAUGCGGAGUUCGCACGGGGAUGGCCGUAUGUAGUUGGGUGGAGGUGGUCGUCUUGGGUCUGCUUUUUCUGCUCCUUCGUCCCCGCCGUCUGUUGUUGUAUUCCCCCAGUCUCUUUUCUUUUAUAUCCUCCUCCCACCAUCUCUGCUAUAUCCUCUUUCUCUUUCUCCAUCCACAUCUGCGAUGCCUGCGCAGCAAGAGGCGACCGUCACCCCUUCGUCCCACAUGAUGAAGACGACGAAGCGCGGGAGGCCGUAUCUAAAGGAUACCCUGGACCUUUUCGCUACCUUAAUUGUCUCCCUCGAGCUCACGACAAAUAGGCAAUUCUUUCGCAAUUUCCCCAACUCCUUCCUGACUGACGAUGCUGCACGGAACCUUGCCUCGCUCAAGUUCUCGCAAUCUAACCGCGGGCCUGAUCCGAGAGAACCCUCACGCAUUGUUACGACCACCACGACCACGACCUUCUCCAUGACCCGCGACAUGGCAAAGGCCAUGUGCCAACACUUUAUGGACGCCCGUCUCAUCGAGAAUGCUGCCGAUCCCGGUUCAAACCUCUUCAAAGAGCGGGGUGUCUACGUACUCACGCCGAAAGGCCUUCAUGUCCUCGAACGCUUCAUGAGCAAGAACGGCAUUAAUGGCGAUCAUCUCGCACACGUAUUCACCACACAGCCCAUUUGUAUGAAGCUUCUCCAUCUCGAGAGACGAUCAACAGAUGACGAGAUCAUCGUCUCCCAUUCUGUGAUUAUCGCCCUCUUCCGACGCUUCGUUGGGAGAUCUCCAAAUUAUCCGCCAGACGAUCUCGAGCAGAUGGAUGUCUUCCAGAAGUACCAUGAGCGUUCGAAAGGUGUCGCGUUAAUGGAUGUCCGCGAGCGCGCUGGACUGAACCGAGCUGAGGUCACCACCAAGAAUUGCUUCGCUGCCGUGACCGCGCUAGAGUGGCUUUGUGACUUCACUUCUGUCAUCGGACGAGAAGAGGCUGCGGAAAUGGCUGCUCAAUUCGUUCGCUAUGGUCUCAUCACCCUGGUUAGCGAUAAGCGGAAGAAUAAUGACUCUGCUAUUAUCUUCACUGUACGUGGUGCUGCUGGUGGUCCUAACUCGACCAUCUCGCAACAUGGCGAGUUCCGCUGUACCGCCAAAGCCAUCUACAAGGUCACUGAUGAAGGUCGUCGGGUUGCUCGAUGGGACCAACCGGACGGCGCUCGCGACUCUCCCAACAACUCCAGCGCGAAUGUGUCUACAAAUACUCGUGCUUCAGAGGAUCCUGUUGAAGAAAACAGUGAUGCAGCAAAGCCGGCGACUGCUGGCGAUGCCAAGAUUCACCGGCGUGUUUCCAUGACGGACAAACUGAACAACGCGAAAGAGGAUGAUAGGAAGAACCACAAGGAAAGCAACUCCGAGCGUCUGCGGUACAUCAUUGACGAACCUCAGCUUCGCAUAUUAUUCCGCGAGUUCCUGAGGGCGAACUUCUGCGAGGAAAACCUCUCGUUUUACUUGGAAGUGCAGGACUUCAAGAAGAAAUUCAACAUCACUUCUAGUGCUAUGGCCGCUGCUGGUCCGAGUACGCGAGGUCAAAAGGCCGCGCCUGGUCAAGCAGCGAUGGAACGACAUCAUGAAUCGCUCAUUCAGAUGGCCUUCGUUAUUUACAACACCUACCUGGCGCCUUCAAGUCAAUGUGAGCUGAACAUUGACCAUGGACUGCGGAACGAAUUGUCGGGCUACUUGAGCGAUGUCAUCACGAACAUGACCGGCAAGCCUUUCUCUGGCCGUGUGGAGUUGGAUCAAGCGAGUGCUUUCAAUGCGACACAACUACGGGCGAUGAUCCAGCUGUACGAACGCAUUCAAACACACGUUUUCCGUCUGAUGGCGUCAGAUUCGGUCCCUAAGUUCAUCAAGACACCUCGUUUCUUGGCGCUGCGGAUAAAGCUGCACGAAGAUGACGAGACAUCGAUGAAGGAUUUCCCGUUGAUGCCGUCUGGUGCAUCGACACCGUCAGUACCACCAGGCUUGAGUGAGGAGGAGGUCGGAGGAGCAUACGUCACGGUUUCUCAGAGGGCAGUAGCCAUGGAUAGACCACAUACGGCAAACCCGGAGAAACGACACACAUAACAUCGCGCAAGUUCGCUCGACGUCGCAUCAUCUAUUGCCACAUUUAUGAAGACUGCCCAGGGCUCUCAUGCCUCUAUGCCUCAUGCCUCAGCUUCGCGCUUCCUCACUGUCCUAUGAUUCUAUCAACAUUGUAUCAUGCUGUCUCUCACACUACUCUGACUUUUCCUUUCGACAUUCGCUGUCCGUCAUCCUCGGUGUCAUCUCUUCAACUCGCUUUCGCCGUUCCUGCAUAAAUUAGGCUCGUCACACCCCGGUGGUCCGUAUUUUCGCAUUAAUCAGACUUUUCCACCUUCAUUCUCGUUCCAUUGACAUGGCCGGGGUCGCUUCCCAAAAUUUCUCGCUAUCCUUGUCUUUCAUAUCAUUCUUUCCCAGCCGUGCCUUCGUUAGUGCAAGGGUUUGCAAGUCAUCGAUACAUCCUUUUCUUCGUCUCCCCAUCGUAUUGCUAUUUCUAUUCUUUCCUUUGCAUUCUGUACCAUCGGCAUAUAAUAUCUUACAGACUCGCCUAUCUAGUAGUCGGGAUUAUACUAAUACAGACGGUUUCCAUUGUCUCCAUACCGCC